AUGAAUGAAGUCCAUCAUAGACUGACAAACUUAAUAAUAACAGUCCCAUUGAUUGUUGUUGUACUGCUAAUCAAUUGUCAAUUAAGCUCAACGGCCGGUCCCAUUACCCGCGGACUGUUAGACCCUGAUGCCGAUGUGCCCAUCAAACGUAUAAACGCUGGCCACGCGACCGCUUUGAAAAUACCGUUAGAGGAGACACUGGAGCGCAUCCGAUCCUAUCCGCACCGUAAGGAUGCCCUAAUCAGGAGUCUGGGCGCCACUGCAUUGAAACAGAGAGCCGGCAGAAAUCUAAUAUUUAGGGUACUUCUCACUAUAGGCUUUCAAAACGAUUUGACCGAAUGUACGGCACGUGUCAUGUGCGAGAUCACGUGCGAGGAUGAGACCAAUCGGGCGGCCAACAGCUACUUCGAUACCUAUCCGACCGAUGAUUACUAUGUAACCUAUGUGUUGGAAGCCAUCGAAAAAGGUCGCGAAUUGGGUAACGGCUAUUCGUGCGGUUCGUGUCAAAAGUUGUACCCGUUUUGCCAAAACGAUAAAUUAAAACGACAGGUAAUCGACAAGUAUUACUACCUGUUCGAGGUGACCAACUAUGUAUUAGAAAAGCUACCAGCUUAA